AUGCGCUCGAACACACCUAUUCCAUUCUGCCUCCUUGCUGAACCACUGUCAACUGCUCUCCUGUCCCCUAAACAGAACUCGUCAGCGAUGACGACACUGCCAGAUGGAGCAACUAGAGCGUUACCGGCUGCCGCAUCCACAGAUGCUGUAACGGCAAGCGACCAAUUAGAUCAACUGGUCAAUUUCGCCCAUGAUGAAAUGAGUGCGUCUUUGGCGGACGGCACGAGCAAACAGAAGCGAAGGCGGACAUAUACCUUAUUGACCUCUGUCCAGGGAACAUUCUUAGCAUGGCAUCGUUACUUUAUAUGGCACUACGAACAGGCGCUUCGCAAUGGUGAGACGACUGCCACUGGCCUAGUAAAUUAUCCCAUAUUCGACGGCUCCGUUAUCUCGAUGUCUGGAGACGGUGAAUUUAUCCCUGGCCAAGGCAAUAUAAUCUUAGGCGGCGACGAUCUUCCCGAAAUCCUUAUUCCCGCCGGUUCGGGUGAUGGAUGCGUCACUCUUGGGCUAGUUUCUCUCUGUCUAACUAACAGCUGCACUAUUACAAAUAGAGACGGACUGAGCUACAACCCACGAUGCCUGAAGCGAGAGCUGACGGAUUAUGUGAAUAGGAGGUUUGCAAACACGAGCAGUACCGUCAAUCUAAUUUUGAAGCCAAAGGAGAUCUAUGACUUUCAGAUGACCAUGCAAGGCUAUCCGGGCUCUGGAGACAUUGGUGUACAAGGCGGAGGUCACUACACUAUAGGUGGCGAUCUUGGCCGUGAUCUGUUUGUCUCCCCCGGUGAUCCACCGUUCUACCUCCACCACGGAAUGAUUGGCCGAGUAUGGUGGAGUUGGGAACUGUUCAAUAGGACGACGCGAACCGGGACAGAAGGGAUCUUCGGCACAGGAACCUUCCUAAAUGUACCUCCGUCCCAAAAUAUCACCCUUGACAACCCCAUGGAUUUGGGAUUUGGGUUAGGUCCCUCUACUACGAUGAAAGAUCUUAUGAGCACGACCAAUGGGCCUUUUUGCCACAUCCAUCUAUGCAAACGCAUAUCGUGGAAUGUUAACAAGUGUUUGAUCUGCGUGACGUGA